AAAAUAGUAUUUAUGUAAAGAAAUUAAAAGGUGAUGGAACCUUCAACUUUGUCUUCCUCUUCUUCUCCUUCGUCUUCCUUCGUUUUGGUGAGAGUUUUAGCAUUGCUUACCUGAAAAAUUUAUGGAUCUGAGAAGAGUCCUCACCAUCAUCACUGUUUUAUACAUUAAUUUAGCAGUAACUUCCCCCUCCCUGGCUCAGAACUCGGAAACAUCACACUAUGAGUUUGGUCCAUUCAACAGUACCUACUACAACACCUUCGCAGUCCUAACUCCUGCUACAAUCAGCAACAAUGCCCUUCAGGUCACUCCUGAUUCCGCCGGUAACUUCACCCUCGAACACAGGUCCGGCCGCAUAUUCUUCAAUCAAUCUUUCACUCUUUGGGAGGAACAACAAGGAGGAGCUACAAGGGUGGUUUCCUUCAAUACUUCAUUCCUCAUCAAUGUCUAUCGGGUUGAUAACUCUUCUGUUCCUGGAGAGGGCUUAGCUUUCCUAAUAGCACCAGACCUCAGCCUUCCAUCGAAUAGCAGUGGACAGUACCUGGGUUUGACCAACUCCACCACCGAUGGAGAUUCCUCUAAUGGCAUCGUAGCCAUUGAGCUUGACACCUUCAAGGAGGAUUUCGACCCGGAUGACAACCACAUGGGUCUUAACAUCCACAGCAUCCGCUCUAACAAGACCGUGUCGCUUUCCAAAUUUGGCAUCCAGAUCUCUCCUGUAGGAACCAAAGUCUAUAUGGUCUGGGUUCAUUACGACGGCGUCAAAAAGGCACUGGAUGUUUACAUGGCGGAGCAAGGAAGCGCCAAGCCCACUACUCCUGUGCUGACUGCGGAUCUAGACCUCGGAGCUCUUGUGCAUCAGGAGUCUUACUUUGGCUUCGCAGCGUCUACGGGAAGUGCCAUCCAGCUCAACUGCGUGCUUGCUUGGAAUUUGACAGUUGAGCUGCUGCAUUCCGCCACCCCUAAGAAUGGUGGUAAUGAUGAUAAACUAAUUAAGAUCUGCAUAGGUGCUGGGGUGCCUGGAUUGGUGCUAUUACUGAUUGGGGUAGCAGGGUUGACCUACUAUCUGCGGAAGAAGAGGGCGGCUUCCGGACCCAACCUACUUGGAGCGCUUAAGAGCCUGCCAGGAACUCCGAGGGAAUUCCGAUUCAGGGAUCUGAAGAAGGCGACCAACAAUUUCGAUGAGAAGAACAAGCUUGGUCAAGGUGGUUUUGGAGUGGUGUACAAAGGAGUGCUACCGGACGACAAUGUCCCUGUCGCUGUGAAGAAGUUCUCUAGAGACAACCUUAAGGGUCAAGACGAUUUCUUGGCUGAGCUUACCAUCAUUAACCGUCUCCGCCAUAAACAUCUUGUCCGAUUACUAGGGUGGUGCCACAAGAAUGGGAUGCUACUUCUGGUGUAUGACUACAUGCCAAAUGGAAGCUUGGAUAAACAAAUAUUCCAUGGACCUGAAGAAAAGAACACCCUGGAGUGGAAGCUCAGGCAUAACAUCAUAGCUGGUGUAGCAUCUGCCCUGCACUAUCUCCACAACGAGUACGACCAGAAAGUGGUGCAUAGAGACCUCAAGGCCAGCAACAUCAUGCUCGAUUCCAACUUCAAUGCUCGCCUUGGAGAUUUUGGGCUGGCUCGUGCCUUGGAAAAUGAGAAAACCUCCUAUGCAGAGCUCGAAGGAGUGCCUGGUACUAUGGGCUACAUUGCCCCUGAAUGCUUUCAUACGGGCAAAGCUACCCGCGAGUCUGACGUCUAUGGCUUCGGUGCGGUAGUUCUUGAGGUGGUGUGCGGGCAGAGACCAUGGACCAAGAUCGCUGGCUUCCAGUUCUUGGUGGACUGGGUGUGGUGGCUGCAUCGUGAAGGGCGUAUUUUAGAGGCCGUUGAUGAGAGGCUCGGCAAUAAUUACGAUGUUGAGGAAGCCCAAAGGCUGCUGUUGCUUGGGCUGGCAUGCUCCCAUCCUAUUGCUAGCGAGAGGCCUAAAACACAUGAAAUCUUUCAGAUGAUAUCAGGAUCAGUGGCAGUGCCCCGUGUCCCACCUUUCAAACCGGCUUUCGUGUGGCCGUCGGCGACAGGCCCUGAUGUCAGCGGCAUCACGGAUUUUACGGCUGAUACAAUUCCUAUUACAUCUGAUUGGACGCCUCAAAGCGUUAGCCCUCAGAGUUACGCCGGGGGAUAUACAAACAGCUCUUUCGCCUAGCAAAGUCAAUUAAUUCCUUAAAUUUCGCCAAUGAUUCCUAUUUCCUAUUUCUCCUUUCAAAUUGAUUUUGAGAUCUUAUUGACCAUUAUUUGGAGGUGGGUGUGCACGUGUGCAUUUGGAUCAAUGGAAUUGUAUAAUUUUUUUUUUUUUUAAAAAAAAUUGCCAAUUGAUUUUCCUGUA